AUAAAAUGGGCAGACUUUAAUCCGUCUUUACAAUCCAAUGGUCAUAUUGGUUAUCCGGGUCUUAAAAUACGGGUCAACGGAGGGGCAUUCCGUUACGCAAGCACUUUGAUCUCGCAAAUGAUAAAUCAGGAAGUACCAAAAGUUCGAAUACCUCCGUUCAGUCAAUGUCUUCCUGAAGUGAAUGGUUGUGCCUACCUAUCAAACAUCAUGAUUACGAAAUAUCAGUGUGCACAGCGGGUUACUCUCUCCCCAGUGCCAUAUGAUCGCAUUCAGCUUAGCAUCGAAAAUGUCGCUAUUAGGUUAAAUGUCUUCAUCCCCUAUUUAUACUUUAAUAAUAAUUACGCGCGUAACAAUCAUUUUUAUGCCUUUUUGCAAUAUAUAUAAAU